CUACCUAGUACCUAGCGUAGUAAGACCGAGGCUUCUCUCCCCGUCGUCUGUCUAUUUCGAAAGGAGCGUGGUAUAUCUUCCCAGCAGCGUUCCCCGUUCGAGAAUUGCGCCGGCGUGGACGACCAAGAGAGAGUGCUGCCCUCCGACCGGGCUGCUCCAGCACCGGCUACCGUCACGAUGGAUAUGGACUAUCUCGACCCUUACCAGCGGCGCCAUCCUGACCUGCCCAUGCAGCUCUUUGCCGGCGACCAACAGGCGCAUCCGCAAGCCAUGCAGUACCCAUACUGGAACCCACUGAUGGCCUACUACCAACAACAGCACCGCGCGGCGGCUUUGGUGGGCCAUGCCGGCGUUCACCUCUCCAAGCCUGCGGAACCCAAGCCGAGGUUGGCAAAGGACGAGGUAGAGCUGCUGGAACGCGAAUUUGCGAAGAAUCAGAAGCCGAACAGCAGCACCAAGCGGGAACUCGCCGAGAAGAUGGGGGUCGAGGUGCCCAGGAUAAACAACUGGUUUCAGAACCGCCGGGCCAAGGAGAAGCAGAUCAGGAAGACGGCCGAGUUCGAGGCCCAGCAGGCGAGGGAACGGGCGGCUGCGGAGGCCAAGUCGGCCAGCGACCGGGACCAGGAUGGCAAAGCUGCUGAUGAAUCGUCGUCCCACGGCGGCAGCAGCAGCCCUAGUCAGCAUCAGGGUCAGAACCGAAAUGAGCCCGGCCGCCCGUCCACUGGCGCACUUGGGCAAGGCGAUAACAUGAGCCAUGGCGACCAUAGUGACCAUGACGAUCAUCACGUCAAGCCCGAGACGGGCCCUCUCGACAUGACUGCUCAACCGUCGCCGGCUGCUGCUCCAGAAUGCGAGAGCCCGGCGCAGUCCGACAGCGGCGCUUCUGCCAAUGACCAUCACGAGCCGGCGUCUGCUUCCCAAGCGCAAAGCCUGGCAACCAGAGAAGCGCAAGGCUCGAUGCCCAGUUUCGGGACACACGACCAACGCGGACUCCAUCAACCAACCGCUUUUCCUUACCGGCCAGCAGACACAGGCGCCCCGGAAGAUCUAGCUCAGCGCCCGGCCUUCGACGUGCUCCCCACUCACCACGGUAUGAGCAUCGGCGACGCGGGCGUGUUCAGCCCGUUUGCCGAGCACGACUACUUCUCGGUGCCUCAAACCUCGCAGUUCCCCUCCGAAAUGGCGGUGCCGGGCGCGCCGAUGGACGCCGGCACCCCGCUCUUGAGACACCAUGUCUCGGUCGAGAGUCUGGCGCAAUCCGAGGUCGUCUCGCCCGCCUCGCUGCCCGGCUCGUCGCCCUCGGCCGUGCCCGGCUUGCGUUUCAAAUCACCACCUCCCCCUGCCGACAUCGCCGGCCGAAGGAAGAGCAGGCGGCCGGCACCGCUCGGGCUGUCUUCGCUGAGGUGCGGGCCGGGACCCAAGACGGGCGUCGAAGUGCCCAGGCGGGCGGACACGGUGAGCCCCAUGAGACGCAUCUCCUCGGCAACCGGGAGCCUCUACGGACGCGUCCAGAAGACGUUCGUCGGGAGCGGCGGUCCGCGCUCGCCCUUCGCCACGGAUCGCAACAGGGAAGCGCUCCUCCAGAGUCUCAAGGAGAACCACGCUCCGGCCAUGGCGCCGCUCGGCCACUCCGUGCCCGCGGUGACGGCCGAGACGACAACGACCGAGGGCUUCCUCUGCUCGACAAUGGGGGAGUGCGGCUUGGGCACCCAUCAUGUCCCGGACGAUAACCAGGGCUACCCAUUCGGCACCCUGUCGACCGUCGGCGGCGGCGGAAGCAGCAGCGGCAACGUCCCCCUCUACGACAGCGCCGACCACUCCGUCAGGUCUCAGCCGGGGACGCCCGGCCUGCAGAUCGGGAUUCCGGAGGGCUACUUCUCGGCAUCGUCGGGGGGUCAGUCCUGGGUCUACGCGCCGCAGGACGAGCCACUGCCGACGCCGAGCCUCUGCAGCCACGGCGGAUCCGAACUCGAGUUCUCGAUGGCGCCCCAACCCUCGGGCUACAUUGCCAGCCAGCCGGUAACGCCCUCGUUCCCGCCGGCCAUGGGCCCCCCCUACGCUAGCUUCUUCGCCGCCGGUUUGGGACAGGCCGACUAUCAGUUCCCGGAGUCGUACCCGGCCGAGUCGUCGGCCCGGUCAUCGCCCGUCGUUCCCCCACGGUCAAAGCAGUUCCAGUUCGCCCAAAAUGUCACUCCUCAAGACUUCAACAUGGACAAGCCAUGAGAGAGAGAGGACCCCACUGCAGUUUAUCGAGUCCGCGAACCGAACCUUGGUCAAGAUAUCUGGCCGACUACGGAGGCCUCGUGGACAAGGCGCUGCCAUGUACCAUAUGCCAGUCGAUUUUUAUCUUUUGCUCUUCUUCUUUUUUCUCUUCCCGUACCUUCUCGCCCCUUCAUCGGGGCCUCAAGACACUCAGGAUCCACCGAAUACGAAACAAAAA